CAACAUUUGGUCCCGCAAGCAUCUAUCAAAAGGCAUCUCUCACCCCAAAGACCCCAACCAACCCCAACUACACCAUGGCACCCUCAAGAAGCGACCGGCGGAUUGCCACCAUCAAGCGCGACACGAAAGAGACCCAGGUUUACGUGUGUCUGAGCCUGGACGGCGGGGAGUUGGAAAGCGAUGGCUUCACUGAAUCCGAGAAGCGGCACGCAUACCAGAUGUCGGCGAUGCAGCAAAUCGACAUCGAUACCGGCAUUGGCUUCCUCGACCACAUGCUGCACGGCCUCUCGAAACACGCCGGCUGGAGUCUCCGUGUGCGCUGUCGAGGCGAUCUCUACAUUGACGACCACCACACCACCGAAGACGUCUUCCUUGCUCUUGGUUCCGCCUUCAAAUCCUCCCUCGGCCCUUCCGGCGCCGGUGGCCUCGCCCGCUUCGGACAAGGCUACGCCCCACUCGACGAAGCCCUCUCCCGAGCAGUCAUCGACCUCUCCAACCGACCGUAUGCGGUGAUCUGCUUAGGGCUGAAGCGGGAGAAGCUAGGGGACCUGAGCUGCGAGAUGCUGACGCAUGCGCUGGAGAGCUUCGCGCAGGCGGCGGGAGUGACGCUGCAUGUGGAUUGCCUGCGGGGGGAUAAUGAUCAUCAUCGGGCGGAGAGCGCAUUUAAAGCGUUGGCAGUAGCGGUGAGGCAGGCGACAAGUCGGGUGAAGGAGAAGGAGGGGGAGGAGCCGAGUACGAAGGGGGUGUUAUAUUGAUCGCGGAUGGUUGGAUGUUGUGGGAUGGUCUGUAGACCGGCGAUGAGCAGCCAGGGCACCUGGAGGAAUUGGAUGAUGCCCAAAAGUCAUGAGAAAUUCAGCGGUGCGACGGGAAGUCGUACUGGCGGGUCAUCUUACUUAGAUCGACUAGAAAUCAAAAUGAUGAAUUGCCGUUAAGUACAUCAUUC